AUCGUUUUAUUUUUCUUUUAGGGGCCACAAUCAUUACACGUUUAUUUACUGCGUUUUGUGAAUGCAUGUUGAAUGUAUGUUGAACGCUAGUAAUGGACAUGUGCGCGGCCAUGUCGAUAGGUGAGAUCGAAAUUAUAAAUCCCUCACGAAUAUUAAGUCUGUUGCCUUCUGACGCCCGGCACCUAUCCGGCUAAUGUGCACUGUCAUGUACUCAGCCUCAGCAGAGCAUAGUACGGUGUAUGUUAAGCUGGUUACGGGAACCGCCAUAGCGUGGUCGCUGUCGCACGUUGGGUUAGACUUAACUGAGUCUCGGUCAAAUGGAUGGAUGACUCAGAGGCAGUAAGUUGGGGUCAUCAAUGACAAGUCGGAUGAUUUUACUCACUCAUCCAGCCAGGAGUUGGAUCUUUAUAAUUUAAUUGGAACUCUGUUCCUAACCAAAGUAGUCUGCUUGUAAGAUGUGCCUCAGCCAAUUACAAGUAUGGUGAAAAGGUGUUCUGGUCCGGUUGUAGUAAUAUUGUUCGCCCAACACCAGACCAAGAGCUGAGAGCCCGGCUCAUCAGUUGGAACUAUGUUCCUAGCUAAAUAGUUGUCUUGUGGAGUAACGCCCAAGCGGAACGCAAGAUAAUGAAAUAUGGAUCUUGGCCCACUAGAGGUUUUGCCGGAAAUCUCCGAAUCAAUAUCGAGGGUUAUUGAUUUGUUAAAAAUAGUGGGAGAUAAUUAAUUAAAGGCCUAAUUAAUUAUUAAACAUGAUAGAUAACCUAGUUUGCAAAAUUUUCAGUAGAUGGCAAACAACAACAACCCUUUCAACCUGCGUUACAUCCUGGAAAACAACAAGUUAUCCGGGACCAACUUUCUUGACUGGGAGAUGAACCUCCGGAUCGUUCUUGACUGUGAGAGGAAACUCUACAUCCUCGAAACGGAUCCUCCCAAGACCCCUGAUGCUGAUGCUCGUGCGUUCGAACUCACUUCCUUCAAGAAGUAUGAGGACGACGCGUGAGAUGUAAAGUGUAUCAUUAUGGCCAGUAUGACCGCGGAGCUCCAAAGGCUCCACGCGGACAUGGAAAUGCGUCCUAUGAUACAAUGCUUAAGAGACCUUUACCAGGGUCAGCCCCAAAACUCAGGAAUUUACGUUAUCGAAGUCAAUAUGUCUGAUAUCACCUCUUGGGUGAUGGAUACUGGAUGUGGUUCUCACAUCUGUACUUCUAUGCAAAACUUGCAAGAAUGUAGACAAUUGACGGAGGGAGAGAUACAACUAAAAGUCGGCAAUGGCGCGCUCAUCUAUGCAUUGGCCGUCGGAACCUAUAGUUUAUCUCUACCUAGUGGUCUUAUAUUGCAUUUGAAUAAUUGUCUGUUUGUACCUAGUAUGAGCAGAAACAUCAUUUCUGUAUCCUGCCUUGACAAAGCAGGAUUUUCGUUCGUUGUAAAAGACAAAACUCUUUCUGUCUUUAGAAAUGAAAUAUUUUAUGCAACUGCAAAAAUGACCAACGGUCUCUAUGUCCUCGACAUGGAUACCGCAGCAUAUAACGUGGAUGUUAAGAGAAACAAACCUAAGAGUUUGAAUCUCGCGUACCUAUGGCAUUGUCGUUUGGGCCACAUUAAUGAGAAAUGCAUAUCUAAGUUACAUCGCUCAGGUGUACUUGAUUCAUUUGACUUCCAGUCAUAUGAUGUAUCUUAUGUAAAACGUCUCAUGACGUCUAGUAAGUUGAAGCAUAAAUCUGAUAAAGUAAUUUUUGUGGGAUACCCCAAGGAAACUAGAGGGUAUGAGUUCUAUCAUCCAUCCGAUAACAAAAUUUUCGUUGCUCGGAAUGGAACCUUCCUUGAAAGGGAGUUUCUUUCUGCUAUCACUAGUGGGAGAAAGGUAGACCUCGAAGAAAUUCGAGAACCACAAGAAGAAGUCCCGAUAGUGUUGGAACCUGAGCAAAGAGAUCAAGCAAUUGAACCUCAAAUUGCUCAAGAUAUACCACGUAGGUCAGACCGGAUACGUAAUCCUCCGGUCAGAUAUGGAUUUCUCAUGUCUGAUGAAGGUGACGUCUUGUUGGGAAGUCCAGGAGAAGCACACUGGACAGCGGUCAAGAACAUCCUCAAGUAUCUUCGCAAUACUAAGGAUGCAUUCCUGGUAUACGGUGGUGAGGAAGAGCUAAAGGUGGUCGGUUACACUGAUGCUAGCUUCCAAACCGACAGAGACGAUUCAAAAUCACAAGCAGGAUAUUUGUUUUGCCUGAAUGGCGGAGCUUUUAGCUAGAAGAGCUUCAAGGAGGAUACAACCG